AUGAACUUCGGAAGUAUCAUGAGCGGUGGCGCAAGUCCGAGUGUGCCCCAGCAGCCACCGCAACAGUCUCAGCUCAUGAUGGCAAAGGUGGAAAUGGCUUCUUAUGCUGAUUUGUUUGAACGACUGUCACGUGUGUGUUUUCAGAAAUGCAAGUUCAAAUAUAAUGACGGUCAACUUAACGUGGGUGAGAUGAGCUGCAUUGACCGUUGUGCCGGCAAAUACAUGCAGACAUACAGUUUACUGGGCGUCAAGAUGGCACAGGUGGAGAAGGAAAUUAUGGAUCAGGCCGGUGCAGGCGUGCAGCAGCAAUAA